AUGUCUGCUCAGACUACCGACACUGCCGUCGCGGCACCUGCCCCAACUGCCGCACCUGCGCCGGCUGCCAUUCCCGAGUCUCAGCCUGCCGCGGCUGCGCCUGCCGCGGACCCGACUUCGGUUCCUGCUGCUGCCCCUGAGCCCACUGCUAUUGUCAAGCAACAGCAGCAGACCGACCAGGCCACUCCCACCGGCCAAAAGACAGAGUCAAAUGCCGAGCAGAAGCCUGCUUCCGAAAACCCCGUCGAGAAGACACAGACUCCUCUCACUUCCCUCUUUGAGAAGCUGCCCAACAUUCUGAGCGCAGCCAAGCACAAGGAGAUGUGGGGUGUUCAGCUCUCCGACAUCACUCACGUCCCCACCACCGUCGUCCUGCAGAAGUUCCUCCGCGCCAACGACGACGAUGUCUCCAAGGCUGCCGAUCAGCUCCAGAAAGCCCUGGUCUGGCGCCGUGAUACCAAUCCCGGCAAGCUGCUUGACGAGGUAUCCUUCGACAAGAAGAAGUUUGACGAGCUCGGCUACAUCACUACCCACAAGGACUCUCAAGGCAAGGAGACGAUCAUUACCUGGAACAUCUACGGAGCCGUCAAGGACAAGAAGGCUACUUUUGGCAACGUUGAUGAGUUCAUUAAGUGGCGCGCUGCUCUCAUGGAGUUUAGUGUUCGCAAGUUGGGCCUGGACAAGGUCCAGACCCCCAUUCCCGAUGGCGGCGAGGACCCUUACCAAAUGAUCCAGGUCCAUGACUACCUCAACGUCAGCUUUUUGCGCAUGGAUCCCGCCGUCAAGGCCGCCUCAUCGGAGACGAUUAGGAUCUUUGCCAUGGCCUACCCCGAACUCCUCGCUCACAAGUACUUUGUCAACAUCCCUGCCCUCAUGGGCUGGGUUUUCAAGGCCAUGAAAGUCUUCCUGGCACCCAAGACCAUCGCCAAGUUUCAUCCCCUCGGUUAUGGCAGUGAACUUGCCGCGGAGCUCCCCGCUUACAAGGACUCGCUUCCCAAGGAUUACGGCGGAAACGGCGAGGGCAUCAAAGUUACCGGCCAGACCGUCAAGCUCGCGGAAGCUGCUGUCCCGACCGAGAACUCUAUCACUGACGCCGACCCUGCUCCGGCGGCUGCUGCUGCUGCUUCUCCGGCUACGGUCGCUGCUUCUCCCGCCCCUGUCACCGAGGCCAAGUCGGCCGAGACCAAAGCUGUUGAGGCCGCCGCCGUUCCCGCCGUUGCGACUAGCGAGUCCGCUGCCGCUUCCCAGCCGGAGAUAGCGCCCGAAGCUGCCCCCGCCGCGCCCGCUGAGUCCGAGAAAACAGAAGUUCCCAACGUUGCCGACCUGAACAUUACCGAUAAGGCAGAGGCCAAGGAAGAGACAAAGCCCGUCGCUACCUAA